AUGUGCGUCAACGUCAUACUCUCGCAGUCGUUGCAACUGGCCUCACCGACAAGGGACACUAGACAGUGUGUGUAUUAUGUCGAGCUCUCAAUCGUCUCUGUCAAUAACUCAUUUGACAAUGAAGUUUCAAUGGAAGAAGAAGAACUGCCACAACAAGUGGCAGAAGGUGGGGGUGGUGGUCCUAGUGAAGGACUUGGAGGUGAAGGAAGCUCUAUGCCUACACCAAUCACCCUAGAAAGUGCGGGGACAAAUCAAAAAAAGCGAACAAGAAAAGUAUUGAAUGAGAGGUUUGAUGUGUGGAAUGAUUUUACUAAGUCCCCAAAUCGAGAGACAUGUUCUUGCAAUCAUUGUGGGAUUAUAUACAAGUGUCACUCAUCGAGGAAUGGAACAUCCACACUUAAGCAACACUUGACGCGAUGCAAACGUAAACCUAAGGCAAGUGGUCAACAAACAGAGUUGGCAUUCAAUCAAACAGGGAAGGGGGAUGUUUCCACAUGGAAGUAUGAUUCGAAGGUCAUUAAUGAUGAAUUAACUUGUAUGAUAGUUGAAUGCAAGUUGCCAUUCAAGUUCGUUAAGCAUCCACGGUUUAAGAGUUUUUGUGCGGUAUUGUGUCCAAGGUACAAUCCUCCUACAAGGCCUACUGUUAGGAAGAAGGUGAUUGACAAGUAUGAUGAUAUUACCAAAACAUUGAAGAAGAUUUUCCAAAACAAUGGUUCAAAGAAAAAGAUUAUCAACUUUAGGUCAAUUACUAGCCACAGAGGUGAGGCUAUGGGUAGAGUAAUCGAGAACUGCUUAAAAGAUUGGGAGAUCAAGAAGCUUUUCACUAUUACAGUCGAUAAUGCCAGUUCCAAUGAUCAUCUUGUCAACUACAUGAAGAGGAGAUUUGCUAGUAUCGCACUAGGUGAUUAUGUGCAUAUGAGAUGUGUUGCACACAUAAUCAACCUAGUCGUUUCAGAAGGCAUGAAAGAAACAAGUGAUUCUAUUAAUCGAGUUUGUGCUGUAGUUAAAUUUAUUCGAGCUUCAUCUGCAAGGAUUCACAAGUUCAAAGAAUGUGUAGAGAUGGAAAGAAUUAAAAGCAAAAGCUUGUUGUGCUUCGAUGUGUGCACUAGAUGGAACUCAACUUUCUUGAUGUUAGAAGCUGCUCAGAAGUUUGAAUCUGCAUUUGAAAGAUUUGAGGAGUUAGAGCCACAUAUAACGAGUGAGCUAUCAGUAGAAGGUGGGAUGCCAAAGCAAGAAGAUUGA